GUGACUUUCACUUCUCUCGAUUCUUCCUCUUGUUCUAUGGUUAAUCUUCUAUCCCAAUAAUAAUGAUGGCUCCCCCACAGUCGGAAUCGGACCUCGUACAGAAUGGGCUCGAGGAGAAGCUCGCGCCCACAAUUGAUGUGGAGGGCAAUUCUCCAUCCACAUCCCCCCUUCCUGAGACUCGCAAAAAAAGGGGGAUUUCCUGGUUUUUGGUCGUUGCCAGCACUCUUUCUUGCAUAUUUCUCUAUGCGAUAGAUAAUACUAUUACUGCCAAUGUUAUCCCGGUGAUCGCAGCCGACUUUCAAAAUACGGAUAAGCUUGCAUGGUUGUCGGUUGGUUUUAUGAUUGGCGGUGUCGCGGUGGUCCUUCCAUUUGGCAAACUCUACGGCCUAUUCAACAUCAAAUUUCUUUAUAUCGCUUCCGUUGUCCUGUUUCAAGGCGGAUCGGCUCUGUGCGGUGGUGCACCGAACAUAAGCGCCUUCAUUGUCGGACGGGUGAUUGCAGGCGCUGGAGGCAAUGGCAUGUAUCUCGGUGUGAUGAAUAUUCUUUCCAUCAACACCAAUGACAUAGAGCGACCUAUGUAUCUAGGUCUUGUUGGACUUGUGUUUGGCACAGGAACUGUCGUCGGGCCACUUAUCGGCGGUGGUUUUGCAGAAUCAAGUGCUACCUGGAGAUGGGGCUUCUAUAUCAACCUCUGCGUCGGCGCACUAUUCGCCCCUGUCUACCUCUUUCUCAUCCCAGGAUUUGACCCGCGUGGAUCUCAGAAGAUUCGCGCCCGUUUCCGCGACUUUGAUUAUCUAGGAGGAAUACUCAGCAUCGCUGUCCUUGCAUGCAUAAUCAUGGCGAUCAACUUCGGUGGUCCUAUGUACGAUUGGAACAGUCCGCAGAUUAUCGUUCUCUUCGUUCUGUCUGGCGUACUUACCUUAGUCUUCGGUUUUCAACAAGUUCUUUGUUUCAUGACCAAGAAAGAGCAUCGCAUGUUCCCUGUUUCAUUCCUGAAAAUGAAGGAAGCAGUUUUGCUUUUCAUUUGCAUGGCGGCUUCCAACGCUGGAGGGUUCAUUCCGAUAUAUUACAUCCCAACAUACUUUGCUUUCGUCCGCGGUGAUGAGCCAAUGCACUCAGCGGUCAGACUCUUACCGCUAAUUAUAUUUAUCAGCGUGGUAAUCCUCGUGAACGGAGCUUUGAUGUCCAAGUUUGGAUAUUACCAGCCAUGGUAUGUCGCUGGAAGCGCUUUAGUCAUCGUUGGUGGCGUCCUUUUCUCUCGUGUCGACGCCAAUACCCCAGCACGGGAUAUAUACGGUUACGAGGUGCUUGCCGGAAUUGGAACUGGCUGUUACAUCCAGGCUGGAUAUGCUGUUAUGCAGUCUUUAAUUGAACUUUCAAUGACAGCAAACGCGAUUAGCUUUAUGAUGUUAGCCCAACUGCUUGGAAUCACAUUUGGCUUGUCCAUAUCAGGAGCCGUGUUUGUUAAUUACGCACUUAACGGUUUACUCAAAGCCAUCCCGAAUGUCACCCACGAUGAAAUUGAGUCUGCUCUUCUUGGAGUGAGAGGCGAUAUCCUGGGGAGUCUUCCCGCCAAUAUCCAAGCGGCGUCUUUAACUGUCAUCGUUGAGGCUAUCAAGAAAGUAUAUAUUCUGGUCUACGUGGCUGGCGCUGUAGGCUUCGUUACUUCAAUUUUCCUGAAUAGAAAAGGAAAGGUGCAUGGUUAGAGGAGCUUCUUUGAGGACUGGCCUUGUCGUUGUGUGGAGAGGAUAAACAUGGAUUUAUGGGGUUUCAUGAAUUAAAUAAUAGCACAGAACGAUAGAGGAUACUAUAGCAUUUGCAUCGUUUUGUUUAUUUUUAUUUUUAUUGUAUUUUUUGGGGGGGGAUUUUGCGUUACAUAUCGCAAUAUAUUUUGGCCAACCCUUUAUAUUGCAACGAAAUAUCACAUUUUCUAUUCAAACAACCCUUACCUGCUCAUUCGAUACCAACACCUGCAUUAACCUAUGCAGCCCAAAA